UUCUGAUAAAAUGGAUGCCAGUGAGUAUACAUGCAGUUGAUAUUUCUGAGAACGCAAGGAAAUUUUAACGCAUUUUAUUAACAAAGUGUAUUUAUUGUGUUGUAAUUCCGUAGUGUAAGUGAAAUGAGUAGUUUAGAUGUGUUUCAUUAUCUAAACGUUUGAAACUGUGAACUUCUAUCUGUCGGGGAUUAAUACACCUGAUAAUAGCAGGCCGAUGGUGUCCAUGCAAUGAUUUAGUUAGAGAUGAGGAAUAACUGCAGCCUGGCGCUAUGUGCCGCCUAAAGCUAUGGACUCAUACGACCUAUUCGGGGAGGAUGGAGCUGGUAUGUUGGAAGGCCUGCCUGAAUUGGGCUCAGGAGACCAUUUCGAGCCGACGGUGACCGCUUCACGUGAUGCUAACUCUUCAUUUCCACAGCAACAGCAACAACCUUUGUAUUCGACGCACCAAGAAAACCCCUUACAAAAGUUGGCUUCUUUCGGAGCGUCCGAUUUCAGUCAUAUGGAUCCCAACGUACAAAACAUGUACCCCCAAGGCUAUGGUACGGAUCGGCCAAUGGGACCGCCCGGUGGUAUGGGAGACUCUGCCGCUAUGCAAACAGGCUGGGGACAACAUUCGGGAUAUCCGGCAAUGCAUCGUUACAGUCAAAUGGGCGGAUACCGACAACAGACAAUGGGUUACGGCCAUCAACAAGAUCAAAAACAGCAAUUUCCCGCAACUCAGCAUCCUAUGAUGCAACAACCUCAUCAAAGUGGAUAUCCAAUGCAACAGAGACAUACGCCUCAUUAUCCAACCCAGGCGUCAACAUACCCGGGCACGGCGACCCAAGGUUAUGGAGGAUACAUGCAUCAGCGCAUGCCUCACCAUCAUCAGUAUUCUCAAACACAUCAUCAAUUGGAUAUGGGAACUUCGCAGUCACAGCAAUACACUCAUAUGGGACAUGGUCAGGCUCUAGGAACUCACACGACCUCUCAUACAGCGCCUACACCUGGACACAUUCCACCAACACAUCCGGCAAACCAAGUUCACGCUCCUACAAAUCAACAGUCUACUGCUCAAAACCAUAUGACUCAUCCGACUAGCAUGGGUUAUGGUCAGACGCCUCACCAACCGAUGCAACCUACUCUUCAGAGAUCUAUGGAAGCACCUCAAACAAACCAACAACAAUAUGCGCCAAAACAUGCGACAGGGAAUUUGGGAAAUGCAAGUCCCCAGUAUCGGGCACCUUUUCCACAACUUUCUCCCCAGUUAUCAUCACCGAGACCGCAGAUGUCACCCAGACCACCGGCUCCACAAAUGUCACCUAGACCGGUAAUGUCACCGGCUAAGCCCAAUUUGUCUCCCCAUCCACAAAUGCAACAACAAACAUUAAGUCCCAGACCUCCGGCAACUAUAACUCCCAUAUCAACCACUGCCUCGCCAACUCCAAUGCCGCCAUAUUCGCAACAAAGCACCCUGCAGGCAUUGGAAUUAAUGGUUAUGCCAAACGUUAGUUCAAAUAGUACCGAAUACCCACCUUAUCAGUCAAGAAGUUCAAUAGGAUUACCUUCGGGUAGUCAUCCCUCUUCGGCAAACAUGCGAAACCCUAUGACAGACCAAUGGACGCCACACCAACAACGAACGCCGCACAUACCCAAUAUGAGUAGUGGAUUAAACCUAAUGGAUGCCAUUCCUACAAGUCAAGGGCUCCCCCCUACCCAAAACUUACCGCAUUCAAAUACUCUUCCGACGUCGUUGCAACAGAAUACUCAAAAUUUAGGAGUAGGAUUUGGUGGUGAGGAACCAAGGACUGAAAAUAUUCCAAAGCAUACAUCAGUAUCCGACAGUAGUAUACCAAUUGCUACAACACCGGCUGCGUCUACCAAAAAUGAACUUGCUGCUCAAUCGCCAGCUUCUUCAAACGGCUUAGAUAAACCAAGCAGCACAACAAAUAAUAUGGAAAUGAACGCACCUUCGGUUUCACAAUCGUCGUCUCAUCCUUCGACACCAGUACCGUCUUCAACAACGGAUGACAAUAUUCCUUUAAAUCAAGAAACUAGUCUUCCUCCUAAUACUGAAUCAAUAAAAUCGAUGGAGGAUAAUAGUAACAGUAACAGUAGUAACCUUGUACAGGCAACUCAUCACAGUAGUACAACGAAUAGCUUUACAGACUUCUCAAGUGUCUCCAGUAUAACUAGCUACACAAAUCAAAAAUCACACCAUGUGAAAACAAAUAUGGACGAUCUUAUGCCCUCUUAUAAUCAGGAUUGUCCAAUCUCCAAAGAUUCAACAACUCCCAAAUUGCAAAAUUCACCUGCACCACAAUCUCAAUCUCACUUAACAUCAAUUUCAUCUCCUCAAAGUCAAAGUUCUUUAAAUGUUCCUACUUCAUCUCCAUAUGGUUCUCUUCAUAGUACUGCAACUUCACAGAACUUAAACAUGAUGUCCCAUGGUCUAUCAAGUAACCAAAUUGACCCAGGACAUACUAAUCAGUACUCUGUUGGUCAUUUUACCCAAUCAUCAAACACCAUUUCGUCUAAUUCGAUGUCACCAGGCAUACAAAACUUACAUCCUGGAUUGCAACAAAUGCAAAACCAGCAAAUACCUCAUAGUUUAUCAUCAACCCCUACCAGUAUUUCUUCUUCGCAGUCUAUAACAUCUAUUGAUCAAAUGAUUUCAAAAAGUCAAUCAAAUUUGGUAAACAAUGCAGCAACUCCAGGGCACCAACAAUUAACUUCAACGUCUCAAAAUUCUGUGACACCUCCAAUUCAGACACCACAAAGUAUUAACAACCAAAGUCAGAUUUCAAGCGGGCAGAUUCAACCUAGUCAGCCACAGCAAUCAACUGAACAGCAAUUAAAUCAAUCUAGCCAUGCAUCUCUCACUCAAGUAUCUUCUGGCCAAUUGCCCCAUACUCAGAUGGCACCAAAUCAAAUUCCGUCUGGCCAGACACAACCAACACAGCAAAUUCAACCUCCUCAACCAUCAACCGGUCAAGUUCCACCCGAUCAGUCACAAUCGGGACAAAUAAUAGCAGGACAACUCCCACCAGUCCCGGGGCCAAUAGCACAAACGAAUCAGACACCAGUUACCGGUCCAAUUCNUUCAGUGAAAAUCAGGCGUGUCUGA